AUGGAGACCGGCGGCGUCCCUCUGCUCCUGCUCGGUGUGCUGGCGGCUGUGCGCGCAGCGACGGUGCUCGGAUGUCCCUCAAAGUUCCUCACGCACUUUCAACACAACGGCGUUCCCUGCUGCUCGGCCUGCCAACCAGGUUUCUUUCUGGAAAUAGAAUGUUCUAAGACCUCCAACUUUGUCUGCAAACCAUGUCCUCAUGGAUCAUAUUCUACGCAAUGGAACAACUUGGCUUCCUGUCUCCGCUGUGAUGACUGUAGAAAUGAAGGGAUGCAGUAUAAGAGAAACUGCACACAGGACUCAAAUGCCCAGUGUGAAUGCAACACCGGCUACGUUUGCAAAGACAGCGAUUGCAAAAGGUGUAUCCCACAAGGGACAUUUUCUGACACAGGAACCAAGCCAAGCCAACCCUGGACCAAUUACACCAGUCUGGAUUAUGUCGAAACACCACCUGGAAAUCAAAUGAUAACUACCAUCUGUGAUAACAGUACAAAGAUAACCCUCACCCUGAAAGCCAAAGAAUCUUCUAACAAAAAGGAGGUUGCAACAGCCAUUGUGGCUUUCUCUAUCCUCUUCCUGCUUGGCCUGUCAAUUGGACUGCAUGUUGUUACGCUUAGGAAGAAGAGAAACAGAGAUUAUACUCUGUCACCAGAUGAAGCACAAGCAACAACUGUAAAUACACUAUGCAAAAAAAACAGCAAUGUUCACUAUCCAGAACAGGAAUGUGGAGGGACACCUUGCCUAGACAGAAAGAGCAUGAAGCACACCAGUGUUGACAUACCCUGUGUAUAGUAACCUUGGGCUGUGAAGGAAGACUUGCAUGAACAGCUUACAUUUUCUGCAGCUUUGCUAACAUGAGCUUUCUGCUCCCUGUUGUCUAACUGUGCUGUAAGUUGCUGGAACUUUGGCUGGGAAUGUCAGCUGUUGAAUACUGUUAGACCAUAAGAUAUAGGAGCAGAUUUAGGGCAUUCAGCCCAUUGAAUCUGCUCUGCCAUUCCAUCAUGGCUGAUCCCAGAUCCCAUUCAACCCCAUACACCUGCCUUCUCACCAUAUCCUUUGAUGCCCUGAGCGAUCAGGAAACAAUUAACUUCCAGCUUAAAUUUAUGCACAGACUUUGCCUCCACUGCUGCCUGUGGCAGAGUUUUCCACAGAUGUACUACCCUAUAGCUAAAAUAAUUCCUCCCUAUCUCUGUUCUAAAGGGUAGUCCCUCAAUUUUAAGACUGUGCCCUCUCGUUCUGGAUAGCCACACCAUAGGAAAGAUCCUCUACACAUCCAUCCUAUCCAGUCCUUUCAAUAUUCGGUAGGUUUCAAUGAGAUCCCCCUGCACUUUUCUAAAUUCCAGCCAAAAACUGCCAAACACUGCUCAUAUGCUAGCUCCUUCUGUUCUUACUGACUUGUCCCCCGUGGCUAGGAAGGAUGGACGAAAAACAAAAGGUCAGAGGGCAUCAGAGUCUGAGGCACUGAUUCAUUCAAUGCACUCAUACUCCAGAGAAGAAAAGAUGGAGAAACAGUUAGGGCUCUCUGAAUGGUGAAUGGCAGAGAAAUGGAACAAGUAACAGAGGCAUGUGGCAGCUGCCAGGUGAAUGUUUCAAAUGAGAACUAUGCUGAUUAUGGUAAGCAAAGACAGAAUAUGUGAGCAGGGGAGGUUACGCUGGAACAAGUUAGGCCACAGCUUGAGCACUGUAUAUGGUUCUGCUUGUAAUCCUGCAGGUGUGUGGUUCUGCUCAUUAUACUGGAAGAUAUGAUUUCAGGGGAGAGCAUGCAAUGGAAGAACAAUAUAUACUCAUCCUAAUUUUCAUGAACUUCUAUAGAUAGAUAGGUACUUUAUUGAUCCCAAAGCAAAUUAUAGUGACACAAUAGCAUUACAAGUGCACAGAUAUAAAUAUUAGAAGAAAAGUACAAAGAAUAAAAAAUAACUUACCACAAAUAAUCUAACAGGAGGAGGCCAUCACUGCCCUGACUAUAGGUUGACUCAUUAUAGAGUCUAAUGGCCAAGGUUAAGAAUGACCUCGUAUAGUGCCUUUGAAGCAGCGCAGUUAACUUAGUCUAUUACUAAAGGUACUCUUCUAUUCAACCAAGGUGUCAUGUAGAGGGUGAGAAACAUUGUCCAGAAUUGCCAGGAUUUUCCAGAGGGUCCUUUGUUCUACCACAGCCUCCAGUGUGUCCAGUUUGACUCUUAUAACAGAGCCAGCCUUUCUAAUCAGUUUAUUGAGCCUGUUGGCAUCACCCAUGUUGAUGCCAUUCUCCCAACACAUUAUCACAUAGAAGACAGCACUGGCAACAACAGACUGGUAGAACAUGUGAGGGAGAGGCCUGCAUACUCUACAGGACCUCAGCCUCUUCAUGAAGUAGAGGCGAAUCUGGCCCUUCUUUUACACAGCCUCUGUGUUGGUGCUCCACUCAAGUCUGUCAACCAGGUGCAUGUCCAGGUACUUGUAGGUCCUCACCGCAUCCAUAUCCUCACCACAUCAAUAGUAACAGACAGUAGUGCAGGCUUAGUCCUUCCUAAAGUCCAUCACCAUCUCCUUUGUCUUACUGAUGUUGAGCUGCAGAUAAUUCAGCUUGCACCAUUUGACAAAAUCCUCCACCACAGCCCUGUGUUAAUCCUCUCCUCCUUCCUGUAUACACCCAACUAUUGCUCAGUCAUCAAAGAAUUUCAGCAGAUGACAUGACUCAGUGUUGUAUCUGAAGUCGGAGGUAUACAGGGUAAACAGGAAAGGAGACAGUACAGUCCCCUGGGGGCCCAAUGCUGCUUUUAGCCAUGUCUGACACACAGCUCUGAAGCCGCACAUACUGUCGAAGUUUUUGGAUAGACUCAGAUUCUGCUGUGGUCGGGUGCUUCCAAGGCAUCAGUUUGUCAGUGCCUGGGAGUUUAUGGCAGGGAGAGUUUCUCCAUUUUGCUGGCUGAUAUCGGGACUAUUGGAGUCGAUCGGGACUUGAGACUUUUUUUAACCAUGCCCGUGGUCUGCUUUUAUCAAAUUAUGGUAUUGCUUUGCACUGCUGUAACUAUAUGUUAUAAUUAUGUGUUUUUUUUGUCAGUGUCAGUCUUUGGUUUGUCCUAUUUUUUUUGUGAUAUCACUCUGGAGGAACAUUGUAUCAUUUCUUAAUGCAUGCAUGCAUUUCUAAAUUACAAUAAACAAGGACUGAAUGUCCUCAUAAUCUAAUCUAAUCCUUGUAGGCAAACAGUAGGGGAUUGUGGGUUGGUAUGACCAGGGGUUGGAGGUGAGCCAGGACCAGCCUCCCUAGGGUCUUCAUGAUAUGUGGGGUCAGGGCCAAUGGACUUUCAGUUGGCCCUUCUUGGGUACUGGGACCACACAUAAUGUUUUCCACACAAUCGGGACCCUUUCUAGGCUUAGCCUCAGAUUGAAUAUAUGCUGCAGAACUCCACACAACUGCUCAGCAACUCCUUCAGGACCCUGGGGUUCACACCAUCCGGUCUCAAUGCUUUGCCGUGUCUGAAUUUCCCCAGAUCCUUGCACAGGGCAGAGAAUCCUGACUGGUUGCAUCACAGUUUGGUAUGGCAACGCCAAUGUCCAGGAUUGAAAAAGUGGUGGAUGCAGCCCAGUCCAUCACAGGAAAAGCCCUCCCCAUCAUUCAGGACAUUGACCUGGAGCACUGCCACAAGAAAGUGGCAUCCAUCAUCGAGGACCCCAUCACCCAGGCCAUGCUGUCUUCUCAACAAAAGGGUCCAAUAUCACCUGGUUCAGAAAGUUAUUACCCUACAACCAUCAGGCUCCUGUACCAGUGUGGAUAACUCCCCUCACCUCAACUCCUAACUAAUUCUAUGACCUACAGACUCAAUUUCAAGGACAACUUCUGUUCUCAGUAUUUUUUUAUUUUCUUUUGUUUGUAAGGUUUAGUUUAUAUAUGUUCUUCUUAUAGAUUCUAUUUCUAUAUUUUCCUGUAAAUGCCUACCAACAUAUGAAUUUCAAGCAAGUAUAUAGUGAUAUAUAUAUAUAUACUUUGAUAACAAAUUCACUUUAAAGCUCAGUCUACAUGUCCUUUUCCUCUGACUACGGUAUUGGGUUGUGAAAGGACGGAUGUUCCUUUCCAGAGGGAUUAUAAACCAAGGGUGUAGUUUUCAGGAAAAUGGUAGAGAAUUAGAGGAAAUGAGAGAAAAAAAUCACCCCGAGGAUGGUGGAAUGGCAAAGAAACCUGAAAGGAUGGUGGGGGCAAAGACCUUCAUGUAAAAUGCUCACAUAAAAGGCCAGUUUGUUAAACUGGAGCCCAUGGACCAUAGGAGUUUAUGAGAAUCAGGUUUAAUAUCACUGGCAUAUGUCAUGAAAUUUGUUGUUUUGUGGCAGCAAUACAAUGCAAUACAUAAUAAAAAAUAUAAAUUAUAAUAAGAAAUAUAUUUAAAUAUUAAAUAAGUCAUCCAAAAAGAGAAUAUAUAUAAUAUGCAUAUAAUAUAUUCACUAUGUGCUUCCCUCAAUAUAUAUCACACACACACACACGGGUUCAUUGUCCAUUCAGAAAUCUGAUGAUGGAAGAAAAGAAGCUGUUCCUGAAACUUUGAAUGUGUGUCUUCAGACUCCAUACCUCUUCCUUGAUGGUAGUACAACAAGAAGUCAAAAUAAGGACAAUAUCUUAUUUCACAUUAGUUCAGUUGUCUGUAAUUGGAGUCAUACACUGUACCUGACCAAAGGGAACCAUCUUCACCUUUAUGCCUGUAACACUGUAUUGUAAUAUAACCUGGGAAUUUGUAAUAAUAAAAUAUACUUGUGGAAAAAGAAAUCUUCACCAAGGUU